AUGCAUAGUUUUAUUAUUUAUCAAGGAAUUGGGAUGGCAAGUUCAAUUGUUUGUGGUUUUUUCUUAGCUAAUCAACGUAAUUAUGACUCUUCAUGUGAUAUUGUACAAUAUAUUCGUGAUUCGCUUUUGCCUUUUCCUAUUCGUGAUGAAAAUCAUGAAAGUUUGGCAAUUAUGGUGAUUAAUCAUGCCAUAAAUAUUGGUGCUGAUCAUUUAGCAAUAGCUAGCAAAUUUGAACAACAAGGUAUAGUUUUAUGUAUUGUUGUCAAUGAAGCAUUUCCUAUUGAAAAUUGGAAUUUUUAUCGUGACUUAGUUCAUGCCACUGGUGGCGAAUAUAUGCUUUUCCGGGAUGCUCCAAGUAUUCUUGCAAAUGCUCUUUUCUCAGCUGUUGGAGGGGAGGAUACACUUCGUCAGGCAUUCUUUCAUAGUCGUAUGCCAAAUCCACAAAUGCCGGUGAACAAUGGUGAUAAUAUCGAAGAACAAAAUCAAGAAAUCAAUGAUAUUGGUGAUCUGGAUUUUGACCAUGGUCUUUCUCAAUAA